AUGAAAAUGAAAUUCAAUACAUGUCCUCUUUUAUUGGUUAUUUUUGCCGUUAUCGCUUCAGCAAACCCAAUUAAUGAAACCGCGCUUCACUUGAUGGAGAAACGGAGCAAAUGCCCAAUCACUGGCACUGACUCCUGCUGUUAUGAUCAUGGUAAAGGCUGCGACCCUGCUGUUGCUAACUAUGCCUGGGGAAUGUCCUGUGACACGCGAUCAGAAGUACCUGUUGGUAUUAGAUGUGAUAGUACUAAUGUUCCUAUUUCGCCUAUAUUUGGUUACGAUGGGAAUAGUCAUACCUGGACAUGGACUGAAGCCUGUGGUGGUAAUGAUGGAUGUGAUUGCUGCAGUGAUUACAACCGUGGUGGAAAAUACGAAUGGGCAAAUUGGUGUGAACCCAGAUGGACAUCAGAAGGGAAUAAUGAAUAUUGUUUUAACUAUAGUGGCUGUAGUGGUAGUGAUCAAUGCUGCUUUUCAAAUGCGGUUCCUUAUGUAUGUGGUGGUAAUCCAGAGAUUGGUUUUAUCAAUUGUUUCUGCUAUUCUAAUCCUUGGGAAUCCUGUGGCAGCGGCAUAGGAGCUUAUUGCUGGGCUAAAUGUGGUUCAGAUGCUCCUUGUAAAAAUCAUUAA